CUGAUCCAGCAGCAGCAGCAGCAGAAGGGGCUGAUGCAGAGGGAGGUGGGCGAGAACGAGAGCAUGCUGACGGAUGCCAGAUGGAGAGUGAGCAGGAGCUGCGAAUAACCCUCAGUGAAGGAUGGCAGAAGGGGGAGAGGGAGAGGAGGAGAUCCAGUUCCUGCGAACGGAUGACCAGGUUGUUCUGCAGUGCACUGCCUCCGUCCUGAAGGAGCAGAUUAAGUUAUGUCUUUCCUGUGAGGGCUUUGGGAACCGCCUCUGCUUCCUGGAAACCACAUCCAACGCUCAGAAUGUGCCCCCGGAUCUGGCCAUAUGUACCUUCAUUCUGGAGCAGUCCCUGUCGGUUCGUGCUCUGCAGGAGAUGCUGGCCAACACGGUGGAGAUGACUGAGUCGUCCCAAGGUGGAGGUCAUCGUACCUUACUGUAUGGACAUGCCAUCCUUCUAAGACACCACCACUCAGGCAUGUACCUGAGCUGUUUGACGACAUCUCGCUCACUCACGGACAAGCUGGCCUUCGACGUGGGCUUACAAGAAGACUCCAUUGGUGAGGCAUGUUGGUGGACGAUUCAUCCAGCCUCUAAGCAAAGGUCAGAAGGUGAAAAGGUCAGGGUGGGUGACGACCUCAUCCUUGUCAGCGUGUCCUCUGAGAGAUACCUGCAUCUGUCAUAUGCCAGUGGAGACCUGAUGGUGGAUGCCUCCUUCAUGCAGACUCUGUGGAACAUGAACCCCAUCAGUUCAGGGUGUGAACUAGCUGAAGGUUAUUUGACCGGAGGUCACGUUUUAAGGCUCUUCCACGGGCACAUGGACGAGUGCCUGGCCAUCUCUACACCAGAGGAAGGAGAGGAAAAGCGAAGGUUGGCUCACUAUGAAGGUGGUGCUGUGUGCAGUCAAGCUCGAUCCCUGUGGAGGUUGGAGCCUCUUAGAAUCAGCUGGAGCGGUAGCCACAUGAAAUGGGGGCAGUCUUUCCGUAUUCGCCAUAUCACCACAGGCCGGUACCUGUGUCUGGAUGAAGAGAAGGGCCUGUUGGUGGUCGACCCAGAGAAGGCCAACACCAAACUGUCUGCUUUCUGCUUUCGUGCUUCAAAGGAGAAGGUGGAUGUGGCUCAGAAGCGUGAUGUUGAGGGCAUGGGCAUUCCAGAGAUAAAGUAUGGAGAGUCCAUGUGCUUCGUCCAGCAUGUGGACAAAGCACUGUGGCUCACAUAUGCAGCCCUGGAUGCCAAAGCUGCUCGCUUGGGAAUGAUGAAGAGAAAGGUCAUUCUGCACCAAGAGGGUCAUAUGGACGAUGCCUUAACUGUGUCCCGCUCACAGACUGAAGAGUCUCAGGCUGCUCGAAUGAUUUACAGCACUACAGGCCUCUUCAGGCAGUUCAUCAAGGGAUUGGACUCUCUGAAAGGGAAGAACAAGUCACCAGGGGGUGUGUCACUCCCUCUGGAUGGCGUCGUCCUCUCUCUUCAGGAUCUCAUCUUUUACUUCCGUCCACCCGAGGAGGAACUAGAGCACGAGGAGAAACAGACAAAGCUCCGCUCCCUGCGCAACCGGCAGAAUCUCUUUCAAGAGGAGGGUAUGAUCACCAUCGUACUGGAGUGCAUCGACCGCCUGAAUGUGUACAACACCGCCGCUCACUUUUCUGAAUUUGCCGGGGAGGAAGCUGCAGAGUCCUGGAAGGAGAUUGUCAACUUGCUUUAUGAGCUGCUUGCUUCUUUAAUCAGGGGAAACCGCUCGAAUUGUGCUUUGUUCUGUGACAACCUGGACUGGCUGGUUAGCAAGUUGGACCGUCUGGAGGCCUCUUCUGGUAUUCUGGAGGUGCUUUACUGUGUGCUCAUUGAAAGCCCUGAGGUUCUGAACAUCAUCCAGGAGAACCACAUUAAAUCAAUCAUCUCUCUUCUGGACAAACACGGAAGGAACCAUAAGGUCCUGGAUGUCUUGCGCUCUCUUUGUGUGUGUAAUGGUGUAGCUGUGAGGUCCAAUCAAAACCUCAUCACUGAAAACCUGCUUCCAGGUCGUGAGCUCUUGCUGCAGACCAACAUUGUCAACUAUGUAACCAGUGUAAGGCCCAACAUCUUCCUGGGUACCUGUGAGGGAUCCACGCAGUUUAAGAAGUGGUACUAUGAGAUGAUUGUAGACCAUGUGGAACCCUUUGUGACAGCACAGGCUACUCACCUGCGUGUGGGCUGGGCUAUGACCGAGGGCUACAGCCCUUAUCCUGGAGGAGGAGAAGGCUGGGGAGGAAACGGUGUGGGUGACGACCUUUACUCCUAUGCAUUUGAUGGACUGCAUCUAUGGUCAGGUACUAUCCCUCGCCAGGUGGCUUCGCCCACUGCUCACGCUUUUGCUGCCGAUGACGUCGUCAGCUGCUGUCUGGAUCUGAGUGUGCCAAGUAUCUCCUUCCGUAUCAAUGGCCACCCAGUUCAGGGCAUGUUUGAGAACUUCAACGUGGACAGCCUCUUCUUCCCUGUCAUCAGCUUCUCUGCUGGAGUCAAGGCUCGGUUCCUUCUUGGUGGUCGUCAUGGAGACUUCAAGUUCAUGCCCCCACCGGGUUAUGCUCCGUGCUAUGAGGCUCUGCUGCCUAGAGAGAGGAUGCGCAUCGAGCCCAUCAAGGAGUACAAGCAUGACUAUAGUGGUGUGCGCAACCUGUUGGGUCCCAUCCUGUCCCUCACCCACACCUCUUUCACCCCCUGCCCGGUGGACACGGUUCAGAUUGUACUGCCACCCCACUUGGAGCGUAUCCGAGAGAAGCUGGCGGAGAACAUUCACGAGCUCUGGGCUGUCACUCGUAUUGAGCAGGGCUGGACGUAUGGGACUUUCAGGGAUGAUAACAAGAAACUCCAUCCCUGUCUGGUGGACUUCCAGGGUCUUCCUGAGCCAGAGAAGAACUACAACCUGCAGAUGUCUGGGGAGACACUGAAGACUCUCUUGGCACUGGGUUGUCAUGUUGGUAUGGGUGAUGAGAAAGCAGAAGAGAAUCUAAAGAAGAUCAAGCUGCCCAAGACCUAUGUGAUGACUAAUGGAUACAAGCCUGCCCCCCUUGACCUCAACCAUGUCAAACUGACACCCAAUCAGAACCAGCUUGUAGAAAAACUGGCAGAAAAUGGACAUAAUGUUUGGGCAAGGGAUCGGGUACGACAAGGAUGGACCUACAGUAUUGUGCAGGACAUCAUAAAUAAGCGAAACCCUCGUCUGGUACCUUACAACCUCCUGGAUGAGAGAACUAAGAAAACCAACCGAGACAGUGUUAACAACGCUGUCCGCACCCUCAUUGGCUAUGGCUACAACAUUGAACCUCCAGACCAGGAGAGCACUGGCCAUGGCCUUGAGAACUCCCGCGGGGACAAGGUACGAAUCUUCAGGGCAGAGAGGUCCUACGCUAUCACCCAAGGGAAAUGGUACUUUGAGUUUGAAGCAGUGUCGACGGGGGAGAUGAGAGUGGGCUGGGCACGUCCGAACGUCCGCUCAGACACUGAACUGGGAGCAGAUGAACUGGCCUAUGUCUUUAAUGGCAAUAAGGCUCAGAGAUGGCAUAUUGGCAAUGAACCAUUCGGUCGGCAGUGGCAGUCUGGUGAUGUUGUGGGUUGUAUGAUUGACCUCACAGAAAUGAACAUCAUGUUCACACUCAACGGAGAAAUGCUGAUUAGUGACUCCGGUUCAGAGAUGGCUUUCAAAGACAUUGAAAUUGGAGAAGGUUUCAUCCCAGUGUGCGCGCUGGGCUUGUCUCAGGUCGGAAGGAUUAAUCUUGGUCAGAAUGUCAGCAGUCUGCGCUACUUUGCCAUCUGUGGCCUGCAGGAAGGAUUUGAACCUUUUGCCAUCAAUAUGAAGAGAGACAUUACAAUGUGGUUCAGUAAAAGUUUGCCCCAGUUUGUGCCUGCACCCAUUGAUCACAAUCAUAUUGAGGUCUCCCGUGUGGAUGGUACUGUGGACAGCGCCCCCUGUCUGAAGCUGACCCACAAGACCUUUGGCUCACAGAAUGCCAAGACAGAUAUGAUGUUCUUUAGACUCAGCAUGCCUGUCCAGUUCCAUGAGACAUUUAAGAUUGAAGCAGGAACCACCCCUCUCACUCGUAUGCUCACCAUCCCAGAGGAGGAGGUGGUGGUGACUGAGCCUGACUCGGAGUUUGAAGUACUGAAGAAGUCUGCCAGUCGCAAGGAGCAGGAGGAGGAAAAGAAGGAGCAAUCUGUACCUAAGGAGCUCUCUGUGGAAAAUGAGAAGGACACAAUGUCGGAAAAGGGAAAGAAGAAAGGCUUUUUCUCCAAGGCAAAGAAGGUUGCCAUGACACCCCUUGCGCCUCCCCCACCUCCUGCGGUACCACGUUUGGUCGAGGACGUGGUCCCUGAUGACAGAGACGACCCGGAGAUUAUCCUUAACACCACCACUUAUUACUAUUCGGUGAGGAUAUUUGCUGGGCAGGAGCCGUCUGGUGUAUGGAUCGGCUGGGUCACCCCUGACUACCACCAGUUUGAUCCAACCUUUGACCUCUCCAAAGUGCGCAGUGUCACUGUUACUGUGGGUGAUGACAAAGGCAACAUACACAACAGUAUGAAGCACAGUAACUGUUACAUGGUGUGGGGAGGGGACCUGGUCAGUAACCAGCAGACCCGCUUCAGCCAGGAGGACAUGGUGGUUGGCUGUCUGGUUGACCUUGCAACAGGUCUUAUGACCUUCACAGCCAAUGGAAAGGAAAUAAACACCUUCUAUCAGGUGGAGCCUAACACCAAGCUGUUUCCUGCCGUCUUUGUUCAACCUACCAAUCAGAACCUGGUGCAGCUGGAGCUUGGCAAACUCAAGAAUAUCAUGCCCAUCUCAGCAGCCAUGUUCCGCAGUGAACGUAACAAUCCAGUCCCCCAGUGCCCUCCUAGACUGGAUGUCCAGAUGCUGACCCCAGUUAUUUGGAGCCGUAUGCCCAAUCACUUCCUCAACCCGGAGGUGGGCAAAGUGAACGAGAGGCUGGGCUGGAUGGUGGAGUGUACUGAACCUCUCAUCAUGAUGGCACUGCACAUUCCAGAGGAGAACAGAUGCAUUGACAUUCUGGAGCUGUCGGAGCGUCAGGAUCUGAUGAAGUUCCACUAUCACACUCUAAUGCUCUACUGCGCUGUGUGUGCACUUGGGAACAACCGAGUGGCUCAUGCCCUGUGUAGCCAUGUGGAUGAAUCCCAGCUGUUCUACGCCAUUGAGAACACCUACCUGCCCGGACCUCUCCGCAGCGGCUACUAUGACCUGCUCAUUAGCAUCCACCUGGAGUCUGCCAAACGGGCACGGUUGGGCACCAAUAGGGAGUUUAUUGUCCCCAUGAGUCAAGAUACUCUCAGCAUUCAUCUUUAUCCUGAUACAGAGAGGGCCUAUUCUCUCCCUGGUGUUGGCCUCACCACCUGUUUACGGCCCAAGCUGCAUUUCUCGCCAAUCAACUUUGUCGGCACUGACCCUGACCUGUACACCCUUAGUCCUGUCUUCCCUCUACAAGACCUGAAGACCAGGGCAAUUAGCAUGUUGACCGAGGCUGUGCUGGAUGGUAGCCAGGCAAUGCGGGAUCCAGUAGGAGGCAGUGUAGAGUUUCACUUUGUCCCAAUCCUGAAACUGAUCAGUACACUGCUCAUUAUGGGCAUCUUCAACGAUGAAGACACCAAGCACAUUCUCAAGAUGAUUGAUCCAAGUGUUUUCAGUGGAAAAGUAGAGGAAGAGGAGGAGAAAGCCGGGGAGGGUGAAAUAGAGGGUGGGGAGGCAAAGGAGGAGGAGGAAGAAGAGGAGGAACUUGAGGAUGAAGGAGUUGGCGAGGAAGAGGAGGAGCUAAAAGCGGUGGAGAAAGGAGAGGAGGAGGAUGAGGCUGAACCAAAGGAGGAAGGAGAUGGGGAGAAGGAGGGUGAAGCCAAGGCAGAGAAAGUGGGUGGAGAGAAAGCAGAGGAGGAGAAGGAGGCAGUGGAGGCAGAAGCAAAAGAAGAGGAAGAAGGUCUGGAGGAAGGAUUACUUCAGAUGAAGUUGCCAGAGUCUGUAAAACUGCAGAUGUGCACUCUCCUACAAUACUUUUGUGACUGUGAGCUGCGGCACAGAGUUGAAGCCAUUGUGGCUUAUUCUGACCAGUUUGUCAACAACAUUCAGGGAAAUCAGCGUGUUCGUUACAACGCGCUAAUGAGAGCCUUCACUAUGUCUGCAGCUGAAACUGCACGCAGAACCCGCGAGUUCCGCUCACCUCCACAAGACCAGGUUCUUUUGCUGACCAACUUUAAACAUGGUCCAGAGGAUGAGUGUCCUGUACCUGAGAAGGUGCGAGAUUCUCUGACGCUGUUCCACAAUGACCUCCUGCUUCACUGCGGUAUAUAUGUUGAGGAGGAGGCAGAAGAGCAGGAGGUGGACACCUCACUGAGGGGUAGACUCCUCAGUCUGGUGGACAAGAUCAAGAGCUUGCGCAAGAAGGAGGAGGAGGAGAAGCCAGACACUGAGGAGGAGUCAAAGCCCAGCACCCUUCAGGAACUCAUCUCCCACACCAUGAUCCACUGGGCACAGGAGUCGUUCAUCCAGAACCCUGAACUGGUUCGGAUGAUGUUCAGUCUGCUCCACAGGCAGUAUGACGGCUUGGGCGAGCUGAUCCGAGCGCUGCCCAAAGCUUAUGCCAUUAACGCCGUGUCUGUCCAGGACACAAUGGACCUACUUGAGUGUUUGGGACAGAUCCGUUCACUCCUUAUUGUCCAGAUGGGCCCAGAGGAAGAGCGGCUCAUGAUCCAGAGCAUCGGGAACAUCAUGAACAACAAGGUGUUCUACCAACACCCCAAUCUGAUGAGAGCUCUUGGUAUGCAUGAGACUGUCAUGGAAGUGAUGGUCAAUGUGUUGGGUGGAGGAGGAGACUCAAAGGAGAUUCGAUUCCCUCAAAUGGUGACCAACUGCUGUCGUUUCUUGUGUUACUUCUGUCGAAUCAGCCGACAGAACCAGCGCUCCAUGUUUGACCAUCUGGGCUACCUUCUACAGAACAGCGGCAUCGGCUUGGGCAUGCGUGGUUCCACACCGCUGGAUGUGGCCGCAGCUUCCUGCAUUGACAACAAUGAGCUGGCCUUGGCUUUGCAAGAACAAGACCUGGAAAUGGUGGUGACAUACUUGGCAGGCUGUGGACUGCAGAGUUGUCCAAUGCUCCUGUCCAAGGGCUACCCUGACAUUGGCUGGAGCCCAGUAGGAGGGGAGAGAUACCUGGAUUUCCUCCGCUUUGCUGUCUUUGUUAACGGAGAGAGCGUGGAGGAGAACGCCAAUGUUGUUGUCCGUCUGCUUAUUCGUCGACCUGAGUGCUUUGGUCCGGCCCUGAGGGGAGAGGGCGGGAACGGUCUGCUGGCCGCCAUGGAGGAGGCCAUUAAGAUCUCAGAGGAUCCAGCGAGGGAUGGACCAACUGUCAAAAAAGACAGACGCUUCAUGUUUGGUGGUGAGGAACAGCACGAGGAGAACCGUGUGCAUCUUGGAAAUGCAAUCAUGUCCUUCUACUCAGCCCUUAUUGAUCUGCUGGGACGCUGUGCCCCUGAGAUGCAUCUGAUCCAAGCUGCAAAGGGUGAAGCUCUUAGAAUCAGAGCCAUCCUGAGGUCUCUGGUGCCCAUAGAGGACCUGGUGGGAGUCAUCAGCUUGCCUGUGCAGAUUCCUGCCUAUGGCAAAGAUGGUCAGAUUAUUGAGCCCAAGAUGUCAGCCAGUUUUGUGCCAGACCACAAAGCCUCCAUGGUCCUUUUCCUUGACAGAGUGUAUGGCAUUGAUAAUCAGGACUUCUUGCUUCAUGUUCUGGAGGUUGGCUUCCUGCCUGACAUGAGAGCUGCAGCUUCUCUGGACACGGUGGCAUUCAGUACAACUGAAAUGGCCUUGGCACUGAACCGCUACCUCUGUUCAGCAGUUCUGCCUCUGCUCACCAAGUGCGCCCCGCUGUUUGCUGGGUCGGAUCACCGUGCCAUCAUGAUUGAUUCCAUGCUCCACACUAUCUAUCGUCUGUCUCGAGGCCGAGCCCUGACCAAGGCUCAGAGGGACGUCAUCGAGGAGUGCCUGAUGUCGCUCUGCAAGUACCUUCGACCAUCCAUGCUGCAGCAUCUGCUCAGACGGCUUGUGUUUGACGUGCCCAUCCUCAAUGAAUAUGCAAAGAUGCCUCUCAAGCUGUUGACGAAUCACUAUGAGCGCUGUUGGAAGUAUUACUGCCUGCCUAAUGGAUGGGCCAACUUUGGUGUGACCUCAGAGGAAGAGUUGCAUCUUUCCCGUAAACUUUUCUGGGGAAUCUUUGAAUCUCUUGCACACAAGAAAUUCGAUGCAGAACUCUUCAAGAUCGCCAUGCCCUGCCUUUGUGGUAUAGCAGGUGCCAUCCCUCCUGACUAUGUGGACGCCACCUAUUCCUCUCACACGGAGAAAAAGGCCUCUGUGGAUGCUGAAGGCAACUUUGAUCCCAAACCAGUGGAGACCACCAACACCAUUAUCCCAGAGAGGCUGGAUGGCUUCAUCAACAAGUUUGCAGAGCACACCCAUGACAGAUGGGCCUUUGAAAAGAUUCAGAACAACUGGACUUAUGGAGAGGUGUUAGAUGAGAAUGCUAAGACCCACCCAAUGCUCCGGCCAUACAAAACCUUUUCUGAAAAGGACAAGGAGAUCUAUCGCUGGCCAAUCAAAGAAUCCGUCAAAGCCAUGCUGGCAUGGGAGUGGACCCUGGAGAAAGCCAGAGAUGGCGAAGGAGAUAUAGAGAAGAAGGCUGCCACACGCAAGAUCUCCCAAACUGCACAGGCCACUUAUGAUCCCAGUCAUGGCUACAGCCCUCAGCCAAUAGAUCUCGCAGGUAUGGCCCUGUCCAGAGAGCUACAGUCUAUGGCUGAACAGCUGGCAGAAAACUAUCACAACACCUGGGGCAGGAAGAAGAAGUUGGAGCUACAGGCCAAAGGUGGUGGCAGUCACCCAUUGCUUGUUCCUUAUGACACCUUGACGGCCAAGGAGAAGGCCAGAGACCGGGAAAAGGCUCAGGACCUCCUCAAGUUCCUUCAGCUCAAUGGAUAUGCUGUAACUAGGGGUAUGAAGGACAUGGAGCAGGACAUUUCCUCUAUUGAGAAACGUUUUGCUUACGGUUUCCUCCAAAAGCUCCUUAAAUGGAUGGACAUCGCGCAGGAGUUCAUCGCUCAUCUUGAGGCUGUGGUUAGCAGUGGCAGAGUGGAGAAGUCACCACAUGAGCAGGAGAUCAAAUUCUUUGCCAAGAUUCUAUUGCCACUGGUUAAUCAGUAUUUCAAGAACCACUGCUUGUACUUCCUCUCCACACCUGCAAAAGUCCUGGGAAGUGGAGGACAUUCCUCCAAUAAGGAGAAGGAGAUGAUUGCAAGUAUCUUCUGUAAGUUGGCUGCUUUGGUGAGGCACAGAGUUUCUCUUUUUGGAACGGAUUCCAAUGCAGUGGUAAACUGCCUGCACAUCCUGUCACGGUCACUGGACGCCAGGACUGUCAUGAAAUCAGGCCCUGAGAUUGUGAAGGCCGGUCUGCGUCAGUUCUUUGAGAGUGCUGCAGACGACAUUGAGAAGAUGGUUGAGAAUCUAAAACUGGGCAAAGUGUCAAGCCGAAACCAGGUUAAGGGUGUGGCCCAGAACAUCAGCUACACCACCACUGCCCUGCUGCCCGUCCUCACCUCACUGUUUGACCAUAUUGCCCAGCACCAGUUUGGAGAUGACGUCAUUUUGGAUGACUUGCAAAUAUCCUGCUAUCGUUUAAUGUGCAGUAUCUACUCUCUGGGCACUGUGAAGACUCCACAUGUAGAGAAACAGAGACCAGCUCUUGGUGAAUGCUUGGCCCACUUAGCAGCGGCAAUGCCAGUAGCCUACUUGGAGCCAGAACUGAAUGAGUUCAACACGUUUUCUGUUUACACCACCAAGACUCCCAGAGAGCGAUCAAUUUUGGGUCUCCCCAACCAAGUGGAGGAGCUGUGCACUGACAUCCCAGAGCUGGAUGUCUUGAUGAAGGAAAUCCAUGAUCUGGCUGAGUCAGGUGCUCGCUACACAGAAAUGCCCCAUGUGAUUGAGAUUACCCUUCCAAUGCUGUGUAACUAUCUUCCACGCUGGUGGGAAAGAGGCCUGGAGAAUUUCCCUGAGCAGGAGGGCCAGCUCUGCACAGCUGUCACCUCUGAGCAGCUUAACCAGCUUCUGGGGAGCAUAAUGAAGAUUGUGGUCAACAACUUGGGUAUAGACGAGGCCUCCUGGAUGAAGAGAUUGGCAGUGUUUGCUCAGCCCAUCGUCAGCAGGGCUAAACCCGAGAUGCUUAAAUCCCACUUCAUCCCCACUAUGGAAAAGCUGAAGAAGCGCUCAGGGAAAGUUGUUGCAGAAGAGGAUCAUCUGCGCAUGGAGGGCAAGACAGAGGUGGACAGCGAAAACGGGACCAUCCGAGAUGAGUUUGCUGUGCUGUGUCGGGACCUGUAUGCUCUCUACCCGUUACUCAUCCGCUAUGUGGACAAUAAUAGAGCAAGGUGGCUGACCUGUCCAGAUCCUGAUGCCGAGGAACUGUUCAGGAUGGUGGGAGAGGUCUUCAUUUUCUGGUCUAAAUCUCACAAUUUUAAGCGAGAGGAGCAGAACUUUGUGGUGAUGAAUGAAAUCAACAACAUGUCCUUCCUGACUGCUGACAGUAAGAGCAAGAUGACCAAGGCCGGAGACGGAGAGUCCGGAGGCUCAGAACAGGAGCGCACUAAGAAGAAGCGGCGUGGAGACCGUUACUCUGUACAGACCUCCCUUAUUGUAGCAGCCUUGAAGAAGAUGCUUCCCAUUGGCCUCAAUAUGUGCUCUCCUGCAGACCAGGAGCUCAUCAAUAUCGCCAAGAUCAGAUACUCACUGAAAGACACAGAUGAAGAGGUGAGGGAGUUCUUGCACAACAAUCUGCAUCUUCAAGGCAAGGUGGAAGAUCCAGCUAUGCGCUGGCAGAUGUCUCUUUAUAAGGAGAUGUCUGGAAAAGCUGAAGAUGCCGAGGACCCUGAGAAGGUGGUGAAGAGGGUACAAGAGGUGUCUGCUGUGCUUUACCACAUUGAGGUGACUGAACAUCCCUUCAAGUCAAAGAAAAUGGUGUGGCACAAGCUGCUGUCCAAACAGCGCCGCAGGGCAGUGGUUGCGUGUUUCAGGAUGACGCCUUUGUACAACAUCCCCACGCACAGGGCAACGAACAUGUUUUUGGAUGCAUACAAACGCAACUGGUUAGAGACUGAGGGUUACUCAUUUGAGGACAAGAUGAUUGACGACUUAUCGAAAGCCUUGGAGGAAGAGGAGGAAGAGGAAGAGGAGACUGAGACGAAGCCUGACCCCCUUCAUCAGCUGAUUCUUCACUUCAGUCGUACAGCUCUCACAGAAAAGUCUAAACUGGACAUCGAUCAUCUUUAUAUGUCUUAUGCUGAUAUUAUGGCAAAGAGCUGCCACAUUGGUGAGGAAGACGAAGGGGAAGAGCAGGAGGGGGAUGAGCCAGCCUUUGAGGUGCGGCAGACAGAGAUGGAAAAGGAGAUGGAGAAACAGAGGCUUUUGUACCAGCAGUCCCGUCUACACAACCGUGGGGCUGCAGAGAUGGUGCUACAGAUGAUCAGUGCCUGCAAAGGUGAACCUGGUGCCAUGGUUUCUUCCACUCUCAAACUAGGAAUCUCCAUCCUCAAUGGAGGCAACAGUGAUGUACAGCAGAGAAUGCUGGAUUAUCUGAAGGAUAAAAAGGAUGUGGGAUUUUUCCUUAGUGUUCAGACUCUGAUGCAGACCUGCAGCGUUUUGGAUCUUAAUGCGUUUGAGAGACAGAACAAGGCUGAAGGACUGGGGAUGGUUUCAGAGGAAGGCACCAAUAUGAAGCUAGAACGUGAUGAGAAAGUGAUGGCAGACGAUGAGUUUACAUGUGACCUCUUCCGCUUCCUGCAGCUUCUGUGUGAAGGCCACAAUAACGAUUUUCAGAACUACCUGAGAACUCAGACAGGCAGCACCACCACCAUCAAUAUCAUCAUCUGCACUGUGGAUUACCUGCUGCGACUACAGGAGUCGAUCAGUGACUUUUACUGGUACUACUCUGGUAAAGACAUCAUCGAUGAGCCUGGUAAGAGGAACUUCUCCAAAGCAAUGACUGUGGCCAAACAGGUCUUCAACAGCUUGACCGAGUACAUCCAGGGUCCCUGCACUGGAAACCAGCAGUCUCUGGCCCACAGCAGAUUGUGGGAUGCCGUUGUGGGCUUCCUGCACGUCUUUGCUCAUAUGAUGAUGAAACUUGCUCAGAUGCAUCCCGAUCCUGGACAACGAAAUGGCGAUCACUUUUGGAGUAGAGCACACUCUGAGGACUCCAGUCAAAUUGGACUGCUGAAAGAGCUGCUGGAUUUGCAGAAGGACAUGGUCGUGAUGCUUCUGUCUCUGCUGGAAGGCAAUGUGGUGAAUGGCACCAUUGCCAGGCAGAUGGUCGACAUGCUGGUUGAGUCGUCAAGCAAUGUGGAGAUGAUCCUCAAGUUCUUCGACAUGUUCCUCAAGCUCAAGGACAUUGUGGCGUCUGACGCCUUCCGAGACUACGUGACUGACCCCCGUGGACUCAUCUCCAAGAAGGACUUCUCCAAGGCCAUGGACAGCCAGAAGCAGUACUCCCCCUCAGAAAUCCAGUUCCUCCUCUCCUGCUCAGAAGCUGACGAGAACGAGAUGAUCAACUUUGAGGAGUUUGCUGAUCGUUUCCAGGAGCCAGCCAAAGACAUUGGUUUCAAUAUCGCUGUUCUGCUGACAAACCUGUCAGAGCAUGUGCCUCAUGAUACCCGCCUACAGAACUUCCUGGAGCAGGCCGAGAGUGUUCUCAACUACUUCCGUCCGUUCCUGGGCCGCAUCGAGAUCAUGGGAGCCAGUAGGAAGAUUGAGCGCAUUUACUUUGAAAUCAGUGAGGCGAACCGCAAUCAGUGGGAAAUGCCACAAGUCAGAGAGUCCAAGCGGCAGUUCAUCUUUGAUGUGGUCAACGAGGGCGGUGAGAGUGAGAAGAUGGAGAUGUUUGUGAACUUCUGUGAGGACACCAUCUUUGAGAUGAACAUCGCUGCAUCCAUCUCUGAGCCAGAGGGAGACGGUGCAGAGGAGGAAGAUGAUGAUGAAGAAGAGGAGGGUGGAGGAGAGGAAGCAGAGUCUGGAGAAGGGGAGGAAGGCAAUGGAGAAGGUGAAGAUGCAGAGUCGACGUCCGCCUUUGCAGAGUUCCUGAAGAGUGUGUUUGACUUCUUCAGCAUGUUCACCUUCCGUAAUCUGCGGCGUCAGUACCGCAAACUAAGGAAGAUGACAGUGAAGGAUAUGGUGAUCGGCCUGGUUACGUUUAUCUACACUGUUGUGAUGGGCAUCCUGAUGUUUGUUUACAGCAUAUGUAAGGGCUUCUUCACAUUCAUAUGGAAGGUGCUGUUUGGUGGAGGUUUAGUGGAGGGUGCCAAGAAGAUGACAGUGACAGAGAUUUUAGCGAGUAUGCCUGAUCCAACGCAGGAUGAAGUUCAUGGUGACCUUCCACCUGAACCAGGAGCUAGAGAAGUGCAAGAUGCAGAUGGAGCAGCAGAACUCUUAGAUGCAGGAGGGGAAGAGGAGGAAGAAGGGGAUGGCGAGGAGAGAGAAGGAGGUCGCCUGCCUGGCUUCAAUACUCCUGGCGGACUUGGAGACUUUGGUGAGACGACGCCAGAAGAGCCUCCAACUCCAGAGGGGACGCCACUGCUGAAGAGGAAACUGGUGGAACAGAUGGCUUCCACUGUGGGAGAACAAGGAGAGGAGCAACCCGUUGCACAUGAGGGAGAAGAGGUUCCUCAGGAAACUGAAAAAGCAGACACUGAGAGUGGAGAGAAGGAAGAGAAGGCAGAACCUGAACCUGAAGUAAAGGAAGAAAAGCCAGAAGAGCCGAAGGAGGAGGAGGAAAUAACAGUGACGACCAAGACAAAGAAAGACAAGAAACCUGUUGAAGAGGGCUUUGAGCUCUGGAAUGAGCUGGAGGUUCAGAGGAUUAAAUUCAUGAAUUACCUUUCUCGUAACUUCUACAACCUACGGUUCUUGGCUCUGUUCAUCGCCUUCGCUCUCAAUUUCAUCCUGCUCUUCUACAAGGUGUCUGACACUCCUCCAGGUGAGGAAGACUUUGAGGGUUCUGGUCUGUUUGAGGGCUCUGGCAUGUUUGAAGGCUCUGGCGCUGAGGAGGAUGGUUCCGGAUUAGAUGAUGGAGGAGAAGAAGAUGAUGAAGAAGGUCCCAUGUACUACUUCUUGGAGGAGAGUACUGGUUACAUGGAACCAGCCAUGGCUUUCUUCGGUAUCAUCCACACCAUCAUCUCCUUCCUUUGCAUCAUCGGUUACAACUGCCUCAAGGUCCCUCUCGUUAUCUUCAAGAGGGAGAAGGAGCUGGCCAGAAAGCUGGAGUUUGACGGACUUUAUGUCACUGAGCAACCAGAGGACGACGAUAUUAAGGGCCAGUGGGACAGAAUGGUGCUCAACACUCCCUCUUUCCCCAACAAUUACUGGGACAAGUUUGUCAAAAGAAAGGUGCUGGAUAAAUAUGGAGACAUCUAUGGCAGAGAGAGGAUCGCAGAGCUGCUCGGCAUGGACUUGGCUUCUCUGGACGUCAGCGCCAUGACACACGAAAAGAAGCCUGAACAAGACACCUCACUGUUCAGCUGGAUAACAUCUAUUGACAUCAAGUACCAGAUCUGGAAGUUUGGUGUCGUGUUCACUGACAACACUUUCCUCUACCUGGUCUGGUACAUGCUGAUGUCUCUCCUCGGACACUACAACAACUUUUUCUUCGCUUGCCAUCUCCUGGACAUCGCUAUGGGAGUUAAAACCCUGCGCACCAUCCUGUCCUCUGUUACUCACAAUGGCAAACAGCUGUUGAUGACGGUGGGUUUGCUCGCCGUGGUGGUGUAUCUGUACACCGUGGUGGCCUUCAACUUCUUCCGCAAGUUCUACAACAAGAGCGAGGACGAGGACGAACCGGACAUGAAGUGUGACGACAUGAUGACGUGUUACCUGUUCCACAUGUAUGUUGGCGUGCGUGCCGGUGGUGGUAUUGGAGAUGAAAUCGAGGACCCAGCUGGAGAUGAAUAUGAGCUCUACCGAGUGGUCUUCGACAUCACCUUCUUCUUCUUUGUCAUUGUCAUCCUGUUGGCUAUUAUCCAGGGUCUGAUCAUUGAUGCCUUUGGAGAGCUGAGAGACCAGCAGGAGCAGGUCAGAGAGGACAUGGAGACAAAGUGUUUCAUCUGCGGAAUUGGAAGCGACUACUUUGACACAACGCCGCACGGCUUCGAGACACACACCUUAGAAGAGCACAACUUAGCUAACUACAUGUUCUUCCUGAUGUAUCUCAUCAAUAAAGAUGAGACGGAACACACAGGACAGGAGUCAUACGUGUGGAAGUUGUACCAGGAGCGAUGCUGGGACUUCUACCCUGCUGGAGACUGCUUCAGGAAGCAGUAUGAGGAUCAGCUCGGAUAACGUCCCGCCAUCACACACGAGCGUCCGAACGAGUAGAUGUAAGAGAGGAGUGAGGAGGGAAGGGAAAUCUACAGGGAGGAAGGAAUAGAGAGGUCUUAGUUUUGCCUUUUUUCUCUCCUCCGCUGAAGCUAUGCACACUUUGACUGCACUAUUGUACCACCUGCAAUAGAGUGUAAAUGGAUUGGAUGAGAAAAGUAGAAUAAAAAACACCAGAUAGGCAUAAAUACACACAAGAAGCCAGGGGCCUUUUUUUUAUUCUGCUAUGAAACACUACAUGGCCUUUUUUGUGUAAAGUAAACACACGACAGGCUCUUUGAGUAGCUACUGCUGUAAACAUUACAGUGCCUAUAGCAACGUCACUGCUUUAGCAAUCAAAUAGUUUCAAUUUUUAGCUUUAAAUGCUUUUCCUUCAGAGUAGAGUGUAUAUGUUUUAUGAUUAUCGUUUGUAAUGUUGGAGAUUUGUUUCAUAUAUAUGUGGCUGCUUUGAUAUUAUGGUAUUUCAUCUCCGAUCUCUGGUGUGUGAGAGUGAGAGAGCUUUUUUGUUGUUGAAAGAAAUGAUUCAGCAGCUCACGGUUGAGUCUCUGAGAUCCUUGAGGGAACAGCGAACAUUGUCCCACCCGAGUCCCUUUCUUCCUCUCUCAAGGCAGAGAAUCUCAUCUUUUAAGCAAGCGACCACGUAUGGAAACUGGUGUUGGACUGACUCGUAAUGAUCGGAGAAUCUUACAGACAAACACAGUUUGCACUUUGAAGUCUUACAACGCGUCCCUGGACGUAUGCGUCCCUCUAUCUCCGCCGGUGUCUCUGUACCUGAUAAGAUAGAGAUGAUUUACACACAUACAGUGCAGGAGGAUGCCAAGGUUAUUUAUUUAUUGUUUAUAUGCAGAUCAGAACUUCUGAAGACGACCGUUUUAGCCCGUCUGUAUUUCUGGCCACGGCCUGCUUUGUGACACUUGAUGCACAAAAUAGGUUUUUGUCGGUGCAUUUAAAUAAGUGAUGAAUGUAUUUAAUGUAUACAUUUUUGCCAAAGUGUCAUCUGUAUAACUGAGUAAUGACGAGGCUACUUAGAGGCCUUUUGAUGAAGAGACAUAUUUUACAUAAAUCAUAGAUACAUAUAUUUAUUUUUCUUUAAGGCUUUGAAGAAUUUAAACCAUCCAUGCUACUUUGUCGGACAUGAACGCGCCUCGCGUCCUGUUAGUGGAAACCACAGUGGUGAAGAGAACUGGUCUCACACUGAAGAAAAUGCCCAGUUUGCAGUCAGACGAGAGGACGGCUUUUGUUUUUGCUAGUUAGGUUUUUACAAUAGAUAUUUUUUAGUAAAUCCAGCGUAUCGGUUCAUUUUUCUCGAUCAAGAAAGCCACGUGUGACGUGUUGAUCUCAGACACUUCUGUGUCGCUGCUCUUCAUUUAAACUCACAAUCUCGCAUUUGGCGCUACGACUGGCCUUUGUCGGUGUCUCUGAAGUGUGCAUGUGCGGCCGUUGAUGGUAUGAAGCUGAAUGGAGAUCACUACGUUCCACCUGAGUGUCCUCUGACUGAAUCCUGUGUUUCAAUACAGAAUAAACAGAUUAUUUUAAGGAGAA